AUGUUCACCCGAGUCGCCAGAGUCGCCCGCCCCGCCGUGGCCAGACACGUCCGCUUCAACUCGAUCAAGCCCACCCCGCGGCCGCAGGGGUCGUCGGGGUCGUCGGGUUCUCAGGGAGGCGCCAACGGCCACAACCACCAGGGGGGUUUCUCCGGGCCCAAGAUGAGCCGCGGCAAGAUCCUCGCCGCCAUCGGGUUCUUGGCGGUGGGGUCGACCAUUGCCGCCUCUGUCUACCAGAAGAGACCUCCCCAAGCGGCGGUGGAGCCGGAAAAGCAGCCCGAGUACUCGCCCGACCAGGUGUCGGUGAUCUUCGUCCUUGGCGGGCCGGGGUCCGGUAAAGGCACCCAGUGCGACUUGUUGGUGAAACAGUACGGCUUUAUCCACUUGAGUGCCGGCGACUUGUUGCGGGCGGAGCAGAAGCGUCCGGGGCUGAAGUACGGCGAGCUCAUUGCCAACUACAUCAAGAACGGCGAGAUCGUGCCUCAGGAGAUCACGAUCGCGUUGUUGAACCAGGCGAUCGGGGAAAACUUGAAGCAAGACAAUCACAAGUUCUUGGUCGACGGGUUCCCGCGGAAGAUGGACCAGGCGUUGACGUUCGAACACGAGAUCGUCCCGUCCAAGCUUACCAUUUUCUUCGACUGUCCCGAGCUGGUGAUGUUGAAGCGGUUGUUGAAGCGCGGGGAGACUCUGGGGCGGUCGGAUGACAACAUUGAGUCGAUCAAGAAGCGGUUCCGCACGUUUGUCGACACCCUGAUGCCCGUCGUCGACUACUUCGAGGACCAGCACAAGGUGGUGAAGGUUGACUGCAACCAGCCGGUGGACGUGGUCAACAAGCAGUUGGUGGAUGCGCUCGCAGCCAAGGGGAUGAAGCUCACUAAGUAG